UUUAAGCAAAACCCAUUACUAUUUUAGGCUAGAUUGCCAACUCCGAGAUCCUCCACCACCUCACCCAAAUCUCUUCCAGCUUUGCCGUUUGCGUCCGCGAGGUUGGAGAGGGCGUUGCCUCGCCUGCGCCCCACCGGAAUCCCCGCCGGGUAGCGGGGGUCGUCGCGGUUGCCAGGUAUAAGAGGAGGCCUCCCGGGAUUGGAGGCCCGACUCCAAUUGGACCCUGGCCGCCGCCGCCGCCGCCCCCGACCGCGAGGCCUCGUCGCCGCCGAUGGCGUCGCCGGCGGACGGCGAGUCUCCGGCCAAGCCCAUCCUCCUCCACGGGGACCUCGACCUGUGGAUCAUUGAGGCGCGGCUGCUCCCCAAUAUGGACAUGUUCUCCGAGCAUAUCCGCCGCUGCUUCGCCACCUGCGGCACCGCCUCCUCCUGCGCGCCCAAGCAGCCGCCCCGCACCCGGGGCGGGGAAGGGCCGAACCGCCGCCACCACCGGAAGAUCAUCACCAGCGACCCUUACGUGACGCUGUCCGUGGCCGGCGCGGUGGUGGCGCGCACGGCAGUGAUUCCCAACAGCGAGGAGCCGCGCUGGGGGGAGCAAUUCUUCGUGCCGCUCGCGCACCGGGCCGCCAUGCUCGAGUUCCAGGUCAAGGACAACGACACCUUCGGCGCGCAGCUCAUCGGCACGGCUUCCAUCCCCGCCGACCGAGUCACCUCCGCGUGCGAGGAGGAGGUCGACGAGUGGUUCCCCAUCGUCGGCCCCAGUGGCAGGCCGUACAAGCCCCGCACCGCGCUCCACCUCCGUUUCCGGUUCCGACCGCUCGACACCAACCCGAUGUACAAGCACGGCAUCCCGGGCGACCCCGAGAAGCAGGGCGUCCAGGACUCCUACUUCCCGCUCCGCCAUGGCGGCCGCGUGACGCUGUACCAGGACGCGCAUGUCAACGAAGGGGACCUGCCGGGUAUCGAGCUCGAGCGAGGGAAGCAGUUCGAGCACAACAACUGCUGGGAGGACAUCUGCCACGCCAUACUCGAGGCGCACCAUAUGAUAUACAUUGUCGGCUGGUCCGUGUACGACAAGGUGAAGCUUGUGCGCGAGCCGUCGCCGUCGAGGCCGUUGCCUGAGGGUGGCGACCUCACGCUCGGGGACCUGCUCAAGUUCAAGUCGCAGGAGGGUGUGAGAGUUUGCCUGCUCGUGUGGGACGACAAGACUUCUCAUGACAAGUUGUUCAUCAAAACGGGUGGUGUGAUGGGAACACAUGAUGAAGAAACUAGAAAGUUUUUCAAGCACUCCUCCGUCAUUUGUGUUCUUUCACCGCGAUAUGCCAGCAGUAAGCUGAGCAUUUUCAAACAACAGGUUGUUGGGACAUUGUUUACUCAUCAUCAAAAAUGUGUGCUGGUUGACACACAAGCCUCGGGGAACAAGCGGAAAGUUACUGCUUUUGUUGGGGGCCUAGAUCUUUGUGAUGGGCGUUAUGAUACUCCUCAACAUAGACUUUUUAAAGAUCUAGACACAGUAUUUGAAAAUGACUAUCAUAAUCCUACGUUUUCGGCAGGCGCAAAAGGACCGAGACAACCAUGGCAUGAUUUGCACUGUAAGAUUGAUGGACCAGCUGCCUAUGAUGUCUUAAAGAAUUUUGAGCAACGCUGGAGAAAAGCAUCAAAAUUCCGUGAACGAUUUAGGAAAAUAUCUCAUUGGAAAGAUGAUGCUCUAAUAAAGCUGGAGCGUAUCUCAUGGAUACUUAGCCCUUCACCUAAUAUUCCGAAUGAUCAUGCUAGUUUGCGAGUUUCAAAAGAAGAAGAUCCUGAAAAUUGGCACGUUCAGGUAUUCCGAUCAAUAGACUCUGGCUCUCUAAAAGGAUUUCCUAGUGAUUGCAAAGAAGCUUCAAAGCAGAAUCUUGUGUGCCGAAAGAACCUCAUAAUCGAUAAGAGCAUCCACACAGCAUAUGUCCGGGCGAUCAGAUCAGCGCAACAUUUCAUUUAUAUAGAAAAUCAGUAUUUUCUUGGUUCUUCCUACGGGUGGCCAUCCUAUGUGAAUUCAGGUGCUGACAAUUUGAUACCAAUGGAAUUGGCCCUCAAAAUUGCAAGCAAGAUUAGGGCUGGCGAACGAUUUGCAGUUUAUGUAGUCAUACCAAUGUGGCCUGAAGGAGUUCCUACUGCAGCCUCUGUACAAGAAAUUCUUUACUUUCAGGCUCAGACAAUGGAGAUGAUGUAUAGAGUGGUCGCACAGGAGCUAAAGACCAUGAAUAUCGAGAAUGCACAUCCCCAAGAUUACCUGAACUUCUACUGUCUUGGCAAUCGAGAAGAAUCAUCAACAAACGGCAGCCCUGAGUCUGAUAAAUCUACAGACAAAAGUGCAGCGGCCCUGGCUAGAAAAUAUCGGCGGUUCAUGAUCUAUGUUCAUGCAAAAGGGAUGAUUGUAGACGAUGAAUACGUCAUUUUGGGUUCAGCAAACAUUAACCAGCGAUCCCUGGCUGGAUCUAGAGAUACUGAAAUUGCAAUGGGCGCCUACCAGCCUCAUCAUUCAUGGUCUAAGAAGGGGGCUCAUCCUCACGGCCAGGUAUACGGAUAUAGGAGUUCUCUUUGGGCAGAGCACCUGGGGAUGGUUGAUGACAGGUUCAAGGAUCCUUCCAGCUUGGACUGCGUACGUUUUGUGAACCAAAUAGCUGAAGAGAACUGGAACAGAUUCACAGCAGAAGAGAUGAAAACGUUGCAAGGGCACCUCCUCAGAUACCCAGUGAAGGUAGAGCCGGAUGGCAACAUCGGCCCGUUGCCAGACCAAGAAUGCUUCCCUGACGUCGGUGGCAAGAUAUGCGGAGCUCCAACCUCACUUCCUGAUUCGCUGACGAUGUAAUGUCGUGGCACACCAAUUCCAAAGUUGAAGCUUGCUCUCUUCCCUCCGUGAAAAAACUCCUUGAUUUUCUUGUGUUGGCGCGGGAGGAGAAUUGAAUUUGUACCAUAAUCUGUCAUCACCCAUAGUGUGGUGUAGAAAAGUUAAGCUCGAGUUGCCAGUGGUGUUUGUAGAGUUGUGCCUUUGUAAGGUUUUAUACAACCUGUAAAUGGAACACGUACGACAGGAUCAUUGAUAGUGUUGGCCAUUUGUACUACGAGUUAUACGUACGAGUUUACAACUCUGUUUCUCGCAAUGUGUUUUGUGGGACUGGAACCAACUCUUUCCAUAAAAUUAUCUAAAAAAACCUAGUCACUGUCA